UUCCAUGUCGUCAGUGCUUCGUCUUGAUAGGACUUUGGAAAGCAGGUUAGGAGGACAGUGGCUUUGGCGUCGACAGCAAACAAGGCAAAAGUAACAUCUGGAUCAAUGAUCAACGAUGGAGAGAUGAGCAGACCAAAGACAGUAGACGCGAAUGAUGGUUCAGUUCACGUCUUCACGUGAUGAACUUUGGCGACUUUAUCGAUAAGCCCCCUCCAAACUUUUGUGUCGCAAAUUCGCCAGGCGCACGAAAUCAAGACGCCAAAAUGUCUACAUCCUCCACAACAGCAAUGACGCCGGAACAGCUGCAAGCCAAGUUCGACCUCGGGAUUUGGUACACGCUCUUCAACUGGCCCAUCCUCACCGUCGCCAUCAAAAACCAAUGGGGCGGCCCCGAUAGCGCAGACAAGCGCGACUGGCUCGCAGGUCAUGUCUCGGAGCUCUUCGCCAAAGACGCGCAAACAGACGCCGAAGACGUCGAAGUCGUACUCCUCGAAGUCCUCGAAGACGAGUUCGGCAUACGGCUAGAGGACGAGACGGAGGUCAAGGUCGCAAAGGAGAUUGUGGGGCUGAGAAAGGAGAUUGGGGAGGGCAAUACAUCGACGGUGGAUGCGCUGCAGAAGAAAUGGGAGGCGAGACAGGGCAAGGAGGUUGCGACGGGGGAUGUCAAUGUGAGGGAGAGCAACCAGGAUGCGGAGUGGGAUAGUGUGGAUGAGGAGAGCGAUGAGGAUGAGGAUGUGGAGAUGGGUGAGGCGCCUGCGCUGGUUCCUGCGAAACCAAAGGUUGCGCCGGAGGUUGAUGACGAUGGGUUUACGAAGGUGAUGGGCAAGAAGAAGAGGUGAAAUACGUGAACGGGUCAGGAACUAUGUAGUAUCAAAGUUGUCCUUGAGGGUCGAAGCGUUGGGGAUGCGUGCAGCUGCUGGCCGUCGAUGCAUGCGUACAGCAAGAGAGGAGUAGUCACGCCAACACGCGCAGACCAAGUUCAAACAGACAUAGAACCACAAAGCAGUGUGCAAAGCCGUGGAUUGAAAUCUACUUCAAGGUGGAAGAUGGUAAAGGGAGCUUGCUCAUAUCCCUGCACAGCCAUGACAACGCCUUCCCAAUCUGAG